AUGGCCGACAGUUCUACUCCUCCCGAGGAGGUGCUCUCCUUGUCAAAUCGAAUUAAUAGUUCCACACGUUCACUACACACACAACUCAACAAGCUGAUUCUCGUACGGCUUCCCUUGGCCCUCCCACCACACACCACGAACUCCUCUAAAUACGUCUCUGGACUGCUUCAUGUCGCGCCCAUAUAUGUGACUUUCGAAGAACGAGUGUCGGUCGCAGGAAGACUUGGACAGAUUAAACACGGCCCGUCCUCGAAAAGAGAGCACUCGAAAGGUCUGCUCGCGGACCCAUUCCCUCCUAUCCCACCUCCUGCUUCCAGGCCUUCCGCGGGCGGACGCCUACGCGCAGAUAUACAUACCCUCACCGGCAAAUCAGAGGAGAAGAUCGACGAAGAACUGGCUGCUAUCGCACGAGACGGCGAGGUAGCGAAAUUCAUAGCCCACACAAAGCAGUCUGCCCAGAAGAACCCACAUGUCCUGGUGGCUUAUGCGUGGGUUCUAUACAUGGCGCUCUUUUCAGGCGGGAGGUAUCUGCGCGCCUCGUUGAAAACAGCUGGGGGCAUGGGCCAAGACUUCUGGGACCGGAAACCAUCGCCAGUCAGACCCCAUGCCAUUACCGGAGACGUGCGUGAAGUCCAGGAAGCCGAAGUAGUCUUUUCCGAGCCGUCUGGCAUAUGGUCGCCCCCAGAAGGGAAAUCUGGACGUGGACGCAAACGCGUCAAGUCAUGGUUUGAUGGCGAUAUUCCUAAGAUCACCCCCGGACUAUUGUUCUUCGAUUUUGACGGCGACGAGGAUGGCGAGGACAUCAAACUGGAAUUCAAGAAGCGGAUUGCGGAGGCUGAGCUCCUCUUAACUCAGAGCGAGAAGGACGAUAUCGUUGCAGAAGCGCAGGAUAUUUUCAGGUUCAUGCUUCAGUUGGUUGGCGAGCUUGAUUCUAUCAUGAAGACAUCCGCCGAGGAUCUCGAAAUGGCCGCGUUGUUCUUGCACUCACCCAAUCUGAUGACAAGUCGAGACAGCGUCUUUGUUUCACGGGAACGUAUGUUACGGAAAAUGUCGACCGCCGCGGAGCCGGAGAUAGCUUUGAAACCGAAAUCCAGUUAUCUGGAUAUUCUAUUUGCUGGACCCACGGCAAAGCUCAUCAACUUCAGGUCGUUACCGCAUGUUUCAUUUGCGAAUGAUGCCAAGUCGAAAGACCCUGGCUCUCUAGAGAGACCGUGGAUCCAGAGUCAUACGGUGACGGUGCCUGUACUGGCAACUUUCGCCAUGCUUUUAGUGUGGUAUAUUAGGUUUUAG